GUUAGUAAAAAACACAUACAUUAAACACAUAGAUACAGUUGGCAGAGACGUACAAGAACAAACACAUUUACUAGAGGUCAACCUUAUUAAUAGGAUGUACGAGGUAGAUGAUUUAGUCCCAAUUAAUGAUACUCAACAGGGACAAAUAAGAACAGAUGAUUUAGUCACAACUAAUGGUACUCAACAGGGACAAAUAAGAACAGAGGAUUUAGUCACAAUUAAUGGUACUCAACAGGGACAAAUAAGAACAGAGGAUUUAGUCACAAUCAAUGGUACUCAACAGGGACAAAUAAGAACAGAUGAUUUAGUCACAAUUAAUGGUACUCAACAGGGACAAAUAAGAACAGAGGAUUUAGUCACAAUUAAUGGUACUCAACAGGGACAAAUAAGAACAGAGGAUGGUAAUAGGCUUCAUAAAUGUGAUGUUUGUGCUCGAGAAUUUAGUCACAGUGGCUACUUACAGAGACACAUGAAAACACAUACUGAUGGAAAACGUCACAAAUGUGAUUUUUGUCAUAGAGAAUUUUUUCGAGGUUAUAACCUAAAAAUAAACGAGAGAACACAUACUGGAGAUAAACCUCAUGAUUGUGAUGUAUGUGGUAGAGGUUUUAGUCGGCUUAGUAGUUUGCAGAGACACAUGAGAACACACACAGGCGACAAACCUUAUGACUGUGGUGUAUGUGGUAAAGGAUUUAGUGAGCAAGGUUAUUUAAAGACUCACAUGAGAAUACAUAAGAGUGAUAUACACGAGAGAAUACAUACUAAAGAUAAACCUCAUGAUUGUGAUGUAUGUGGUAAAGGGUUUAGCCGACUCAGUCAUUUACGUAGACACAUGAGAACACAUACAGGCGACAAACCUCAUGGCUGUGAUGUAUGUGGUAAAGGAUUUAUUGAGCAAGGUAAUUUAAUGACUCACAUGAGAACACAUAAGGGUGAUAAACUCUAUGACUGUGAUGUAUGUGGUAAAAGGUUUAAGCAUGGUAAUGACGUGAAGAGACACAUGAUAACACACACUGGCGAAAAACGUCAUAAAUGUGAUGUAUGUGAGAAAGGGUUUAAUACGUCUAGUAAUUUACAGCGACACAUGAGAACACAUACAGGUGACAAACCUUAUGACUGUGAUGUAUGUGGUAAAGGAUUUAGUGCGCAAGAUAAUUUAAAGACACACAUGAGAAUACAUAAAGGGUGAUAAACCUUAUGACUGUGAUGUAUGUGGUAAAAGGUUUAGUGCGGCUGGUGACGUAAAGAGACACAUGGUAACACACACUGGCGAAAAACUUCAUAAAUGUGAUGUAUGUGGUAAAGGGUUUGGUCAUCAUUAUACUUUACUGAGACACGCCAGAACCCAUUCAGGUGCUUCACUUCAUUAUUGUGAUAUAUGUGGUAAAGGAUUGAGAAGCCAUCAUAAUUUACAAAGACACAUGAUAAUACAUACAGGUGAUAAACCUUAUGACUGUGAUGUAUGUGGUAAAGGAUUUAGUGUGCAAGGUAAUUUAAAGACUCACAAGAGAAUACAUACAGGUGAUAAUCCUUAUGACUGUGAUGUAUGUGGUAAAGUUUUUAGUCGGCCUGACAUUUUACAGGUUCACAUGAGAACACAUACAGUUGAUGAUAAUACUGAUAAACCACGUGACUGGGAUUUAUAAGGUUAACUCUACGUUAUUCACAAAUUCACACAAGCGAUAGCCUUUCAAAAAGUGCUAUAUUCGACUCUUAGCUGAUGAAAAUGGAAAAAAAAUCUAAUCGCUAAAAUAGAGACGACAAAUCCGACACUCUACGGGAUUGAAGAACAUUUACUAGGUUUGGAUUGUCCUAACCAAUCAAUAAAUUUUGAUUAUGCACGUCUUGUGAUAUCUUCCAAUCAGGUCGCAAGAAAAAUUCACUUCCUAAGUGUCCAUCGUUCAAUUCUUAAUAUCGACUCCUAGGAGUCAAAAAUGAGAACACAUACAUACGAUUAAACCUCCUGACUGUGAUGUAUGUGGUAAAGGAUUUAUUGAAAGUGGUGAAUUAACUUUAAAAGAGACAUAUUAGAAUAACUACUGGUGACAUUCGGCUAUCCUCGGUAAAAUCCGCUACUCUCCGGCUUCUAUCUUAGAUGAGGGUACGGAAUCGGCCGAGUUGAGAUGAAUGCUACUAGGGAUAAAUUACAAAGACAGGAUUUUUUUCAUCUGAAGACAUAAGACUUUUUAAUAUAUUCAUCCAUUAAAGAUUGUGUUAUUGUAAGAGCAUAAAUAUAUAUACUGAAGAUGCAUUUGGUUAAGAGUCCAGUAAGAGAGUAAGAGUUGUAAUUAAAAUAAUGUAAUCUUUAUUGCAAAACUACACCCAUGAGGGUCAAGCAAUACCAUCAAACAAUAAUUUUAUACUAUACAAUGCAAUACAAUAAAAUACAAUGUAAUACAAUGAAAUACAAAAUAAUACAAUACAAUUUAUAGAAUA